UCGCCGAUGCUUGAGACAGGAUUGAGGUUUCAGGAGGCUCUGAGACCUAACGGAGGCAGCUGUGACGUGGUCCCGAUAUCACCACCCAACCUCGACUUGGAAUAACCCAGCUGCGUGUUAGCACCUUUCCCCGUGCGCGACGCGUAACGCACGGGAACAAUGGGAUUGGUCAGAGGUUGCAAUGAGGACGCCAAAUGCCAUGCCGCACACAUGUCCUCCCUGACAUACGAAUCUAGGCUCAACGCAGGUUAUUGAUUAUGCUUGGGAUAUUUCGGCGUCUGACCGGGUGCCAGACAUUUCAGCAGGAGCAUAGAGUCCAGCGAGGUGGAUGCUGCGCGGUUACGCGCCCCCUGAAUCCCUAAACUGAAUCUCGCAGACGGUGUGAUAGUUCGAGCGCGUGUGCAUAUGUGUGUGUGCGUGUGGGGGCGAGAGUGAAAGUGUGUGUGCUAGCACUUCCACAUGGCCUCCAUGCAGGACGGGGUGAACUUCUCAACUCAUCCCUACAGCAAAGUACUGCUGCUGGGGGCCAUCGCAGCAGCCUCGGCCUUCGUCGUCACCAUCCUCAUCGUCGUGUUGUGCGUCGGUUGCCAGAGGAAAGGAAAGUCGCACAAUGGCACUGGAGAGGAGAGGAAACACAGACUCAUGGACAUGAGUAUACUGAAGCAGUCCAAGCUGCGAUCCAUCAGUAAGUCAGACACCAAGCUUCAUGAGAUGAACAGACUCAACUGCAAUGGCAAGAAAUCUUCGAAGAAGAAUCGCCCCGCCAGCAUGGAUCUGCUUCUACUCCCCAGCCGUCGCUCAAACUCAGACCUGCGUGCUCAGGGCCGCCAGCUGCCUCAAAUCCCCGCCGGUGAAGACGGGGAACACACAUAUGCAGAGGUGGGCCGUCGCUCCUCUCCCACACGCAGUUCUGAGGACGCCCGCUACGGCGUCGGAGGUCGAGCUGGAGAGACGGACACACCCGCCCCACCGGCUGUCCCUGCCAACACCCCAGCUCCUCCUGAUCCUGAUGGAGACUGCUUAGAGGGCGGGAUUCCAGAGGCAGAGACCCUCCCCCAGGUGGUAAACACACCCCCUCAACCCCAGGAAAAGGUGGAGUACGCCUGCAUCAGGAAGGUCCGGAGAGUGGACAAAGCAGCGCAGAAGAGGGAAAAUGGGACGGACACAGAGGAGGGACUUGGACAACAACGACACAGCAGUGGGGACAUCCGACACGCUCCUCCCACCCACCAAGCCCCGCCUCCUAUGCACCCACACAGUCAGAAAAUGCCUAGGAAAAAUUUGGAGACCUUCAACCUUCCCGCAUUCCCUAAGGAGGCAGUGUUUAUGGGAAACGGAGAGCAGUACAUAUGGAAACCUCCGGAAGACGAUGACUUCAUGUUCCAGCACAAGCAGAUGGGUAUGCUGAGCUUGCACGCUGGAGAGAGUAUGGCAGCAUCUGCAGCAGGGAUCACAGAAAUGUAUUCCAAGGUCUGCAAAGCAGGCAAGAAGAAGCGAGCCAUGCCCGGCUCACCCACAGCACCAAGGGACAUCAGCGGCUUUAGGACCUUGGCUCGAGGUGACCGCGGCGACCGUGACGGGGGUUUUAGUGUUGUAGUCAAACCCCAAACGUGGGCCCCGCAGGAGGGCAAAAGCUCCCGAGUUCCCCCUGGCUGCAUGGAGGACCAUUGCUAUGAAGCCAUCAGCACAGAGGAAACAGACCUAGCUUACGAUACCAUGGAGGGUGGAGGCGGCUGGAGGCGCGACAGGCCUCCGCCCAACGCCAGCGCUACCCUUCGGCCCAAAAGGAAGAGACCACAGCAGCCCCUUCAGCAACCGCCUCCUCCCCCUCCACCUCCCCAGCAGAACACCAAAAUGCAGCAUCUCUCAGCCAAAGGCCUGGUGCUUCCAGGGGAGAGUCUGUAUGAGAGCAUCCCCGACCUGAAGCAGAGCUCGGCUAACUCCAGCACAACCACCAUCUUUACUUUUAAUGAUGGCAUGGAGAUGUACGUCACUGGCCUGUAGGGGGAGCUAUGGGAACUUUUUUCUUAGAAAACAACUUGAAUCUUGACGAUGGGAUGCACACGUUACCCCGCUGCUGUGUAUUUUAAAUGGUACCAAGUGUUCACUGAGCAUUUAUUGAGUUUUGUAAGCCUAGCUCAAGAUCAGUAUUGUUGCGGCACAAAAUACUUUGACGUUGAAAAAUAUUACAGAGUUCACUUAGUCGCACACCUCCAUGGCAAAGAAGAAAAUAGUCACCAGUGCCCUUCACCAGCCACGACAUAUCACCACAAACAUAACAUAUCACAACAGACAGUAGCAUCACUUGUAUUCCUCUAUAUGGAAUCCAUGUUUUUUUUCUUAUUUACACGCUGUGGUUUUUGACCAUCGGAAUUGCGGGUCAAAGCUAUAUUAGAUGCCUAGAAAAUCCCAAAGGAGAAAGUGAGCACAAGUCUAAUACAAAAAAAGCACAGAGUUUAAAAGCAUCCUUGCAGCCCCUGGCAAAAGAAAAUUAUAUUUUGAUUAGAUAGAGUCAAAAGCAAAAGCAUCGUCCCCUAUUUAAAAAAUUAACUUACUGACAAGAAAUCUAUAUUUAAUCUGUUCAUAGAAGAGUUUAUCCUAUUUUAUAAUGGCUAAAAGCUAUCUAUAAUCUAAAAGAUUUAGAAAAUACAUGGUCAUAUUUUUGUAACGUAAAAGUGUUUAUUUCUGUAAAAUUAAUAAUUUAAACAAAUAUUCUAAUUCGUUGGGUCACACAGUUGGAAUUAUUUUUCUUAUUAAGCACAAGUAUCCUUUGCUCAGCAUGUUAACUGUCAAAGUCAGUCCCCUUAUAAAAAUUGGACAGAUUUGAAAAAUACAUUUAAAAUCUAUUAAAGGGAUUGCUCCCCCAAAAUAAAUAAUUGUCAUGAUUUAUUCACCCACAUGUCUAUCUAACUCUUUUCUUCUGUGGAACACAAAAGAAGAUAUUUUGAGAAAUGUCUCAGUGGUCUAUAUAAUGGAAGUCAUGUUUUUUGGAGACCAACGUUCUUCAGAAUAUCUGCCUUUGUGUUCUCCAGAACAAGAAAGUCAUGUUUGAAAUGACACAAGGGUUGUAAUUACAGAAUUGUCAUUUUUGGGCGAUAAAAAAAAGAGAUGGUGAACUGUGAUUGCCAAUAAAGCAAGAUUUAGAAUUAGCAACAGCUCAGGGACAGUGACAAAAACAUGAAAUAAUUGCACACAAAAAUACAUUACAUAUCUGACAGGAGACCCCGAUGUCUUUUCAUUGUAAUUUAAUUGAUUUGUAGUUUUGACAUAACAUCACUGUCACAAGUCACCACAGCACUUCGACCACAGUAAAGUGAGUGUUUUUCUUUAUCAAAACUGUUUAUGCACUUUGCCUGAUUAAAAAAGAUGCAUGCUUUCAAGAAAAAAACACCCUUGUAAAGGGAAAAAAGAAAAGAAACGUGACAAACUAGCACUGUCACGUGGUAUCGGAGAAUGGUACGGUUUAUUUCUUGCUGUUGUCGGUGGUUUGUUUGCUUUAUACGCCUUUUUCAUCUGAGAAAAAGCACAGAGAGAUUUGCUUCAGUACUGGGGAGACCAAUGAGGACUCAAGGAGGACUCUCUAAAAUAAUAGACUGAUGGCAAGAAAUAUAACACGUAGUGUGUCAUGGGUGACUCCUUCCCCUCUUGUCAUUUCAGAAGCUGUCAGGAGGUCCGUGUGCGUCACACUCAUUCUUUAAACAAAAGAGUGUGGAUUACGAUAAGAUUAAGUGGAAUCACAAUCCAUUUGAUUCUUGAGCCAAUCUUCUGUGUUAUAUAGAUAUAAUGGGAGAUUUGUAAAAUGGUAAGAAGACUCAGCAAUUUCAAUUUGUGUAACUGGAGUGUAUUGGGGUUUCAACAGUGGACUAUUGUCAAAUUCUGUGAUCUCUGACACUUCUGUAUGGACUAUAGCUGCUUUAUCAAUGUCUUGAAUCUGAUAUUAAUGUGAUCUGGAAUAAAUUAUCCCAAUUGCCUGGAGCGCACAAAAAAGGGGCUCAGGUCGACCAAAUAUAGUCAAACGUUAGUGCAAUGUUGUAAAUAUGUUACAAACACGUGAACAAAAGAAAAUGCAGAAAGGGGUGGGGGGAUUUGCUCUUGGUGUUACUGAAAGUAUUUGUUUUUUCCGGUUGUCCUUUAUGGAAUGAUUUUCUCUGGUGACAAAUUAUCUCAGCAGUAUCUCUGUGAGUUUUGAUUAUGUGCUUUGGGAUUUAUUUUUUAACUUUCAAUUCAUUUUAGCUAUACUGUGUAUCUCAAAGACCAGUUGAUUUUAGUGUGGCAGCUAAUGUUGUGCGUUUGCUUAUCAAACAACAGGGUGGUGUGUAUUAAAGCUGUGUAAUUAAGUA